AUGCUCAAAACCCGAUGGGGCGGAGAAUCUGACACGGCCGCCGGAUCGCUGCUGCCCCAGCUCCUGGCCAGCACCAUGCCGAGGACAGGCGCCUGCUUCCCCGUCGUGUGCCUGCUGCUCCAUCUCCAGGUGGCAGGGUGCUUUUCAGGAGACAAUGAUCACUUCUUGGCAAUUCAUCAGCGAAAGAGUGGGAAACCUGUAUUUAUUUAUCGCCAUGUCCAAAGUGUUGAGAAAAGUUUGGAUGCAAACAGCCAGAAGAUUUAUAAACACAAUUUCCAUUCCUCUUCCCAUGCAAAAAUAAGCAAGCUGCACCCUGCGAUAAUUGUUAAAUCAACAUUCCCUAGACCUGCUUAUGACCCAUCCCUCAAUCUAUUAGCUAUGACUGGUGAAGAGCCGGAAGUGGAAAAUCUCCUGAUUCCAGCAACCAAUGUGAUUGUUGUGGCACUGCAAAUGGAUGUAAACAAGCUGAAUAUCACGUUGCUUCGGAUAUUCCGCCAAGGAGUGGCUGCAGCUUUAGGACUGUUACCACAGCAAAUUCAUAUCAACCGACUCAUUGGGAAGAAGAACUGUGUUGAGCUGUUCGUGUCGCCAAUAAAUCGAAAACCAGGAAUUUCUGACGCGCUUCCAUCUGAAGAGGUGUUGCGUUCACUUAAUAUCAAUGUUCUGCAUCAAAGUUUAUCCCAGUUUGGAAUUACAGAGGUUUCCCCAGAGAAAAAUGUUUUGCAAGGCCAGCAUGAAGCGGACAAAAUCUGGAGCAAAGAAGGAUUUUAUGCAGUAGUCAUAUUUCUCAGCAUCUUUGUCAUUGUUGCAACAUGUUUAAUGGUUCUGUACAGAUUAAAGGAAAAAAUUCAGUUAUCACUGCGACAAGAUAAGGAGAAAAAACAGGAGAUCCACCUUUCACCCAUUCCCCUGCAGACAACUCGGUCUGAGUACAAGACAGCAAACAGAAUGGUCCAACCUGAACAGGCUCCUAAAGUUGUUAAUGUCAUAGUGGACCCCCAAGGUCAAUGUGUUCCUGAGAUCAAACCUCCACUCUCUGCCAGUCCAUCGCCUUUCAAAAUGAAACCUGUGGGCCUUCAAGAAAGGCGAGGAUCCAAUGUCUCCCUGACUUUGGACAUGAGCAGUUUGGGAAAUGUCGAACCUUUUGUCGCUGUGCCUACCCCACGAGAAAAAGUAGCAAUGGAAUAUCUACAGUCAGCUAGUCGUGUCCUGACAAGACAGCAGCUGCGAGAUACAGUCGCAUGCUCUCAUUUGCUUCAAACAGAGUUCAUGGAAAUACCAAUGAAUUUUGUGGAUCCCAAAGAAAUUGCCAUCCCAAGUCAUGGAACUAAAAACCGUUAUAAAACAAUUUUGCCAAAUCCGCUAAGCAGAGUGUGUUUGAAACCAAAGAAUCCAGCUGACUCCUUGAGUACCUACAUAAAUGCUAACUACAUUAGGGGUUACGGUGGCAAGGAGAAGUCCUUCAUUGCAACUCAGGGUCCCAUGAUUAAUACCGUGAAUGAUUUCUGGCAGAUGGUUUGGCAGGAAGACAGCCCUGUCAUUGUUAUGAUCACAAAGCUGAAAGAAAAAAAUGAGAAAUGUGUGCUCUAUUGGCCAGAAAAGAGAGGGAUCUAUGGGAAAGUUGAAGUCCUCGUUAAUGAUGUGCAAGAGUGUGAGAACUAUACUGUCCGCAACCUUACAUUAAAGCAAGGGAGUCAGUCCCAAAAUGUGAAACACUAUUGGUACACAUCCUGGCCAGACCACAAAACCCCAGAUAGUGCUCAGCCUCUUUUGCAGCUUAUGCUGGAUGUGGAAGAGGACAGGAUGGCAUCAGCUGGCAGAGGGCCUGUAAUUGUGCACUGCAGUGCUGGUAUAGGAAGAACUGGAUGUUUUAUUGCUACUGCCAUUGGUUGUCACCAGUUGAAGGAAGAAGGCGUUGUAGAUGCAUUAAGCAUUGUCUGCCAGCUACGAGUUGAUAGAGGUGGAAUGGUUCAGACCAGUGAACAAUAUGAAUUUGUGCACCAUGCACUGAGUUUGUAUGAAAGCAGACUUUCUGCAGAAGCUGUCCAGUGA